GCGGCGGAGGAGGAGGAGGAGGAGAAGCCGGCGCCAUGUCCCACACCAUUUUGCUCGUGCAGCCUACCAAGAGGCCGGAAGGCCGAACUUACGCCGAUUAUGAGUCGGUGAACGAGUGCAUGGAAGGUGUCUGUAAAAUGUACGAAGAACACCUCAAGAGGAUGAAUCCCAACAGCCCUUCCAUUACAUACGACAUCAGUCAGUUGUUUGAUUUCAUCGACGAUCUUGCGGAUCUCAGCUGCCUUGUCUACCGUGCCGAUACCCAGACGUACCAGCCCUACAACAAAGACUGGAUCAAGGAGAAGAUCUACGUCCUCCUGCGUCGGCAGGCUCAGCAGGCCGGGAAAUAGUCGGGGCCGGGGGUCCCGGGGGGGAGGGGGCUCCGGGGGGGAGGGCUGGGGAAGCAGGCGUGUACAGUGUGCCGUAGUGGAAGUUUUGUAAUAUAGUAGUCCUCUUUCCAUUUUAUUACACCCUGGCCAAGAUUGAAUGUAUUCGAUGAGCGGGGAGAACUUACGGUCCAUCUGAAUCUCCCGAUUCCCCUUGGCUUUCUCGUCUCUCUCUCUCUCUCUCUCUUUUUUUUUUUAAAAACUUUUUUUUCCUUUUUUUAACUUGGAAGUUCGCGCAGACUUCUUUACCAAGUUGUAGUUGAGAGUUCCACUUUGGUCAGUUAACCGUUGGUUUCCAAACCUCUCCGAGCUGUUCGACGUCAAGGGGUCCCAAAAUUCACGGUUCUCGCCCUCCUGUGGGGAGGUAGCCCAGAGUUUCUGUAUUUCAGACACAAAGCUGUAGCGAAGAAUAAAAUAAAAACGCCCUUUAGUUAAA